AUGGCUGAACGUAGACGUGGCGGUGGACGUGGCGGUGGUCGUGGUGGCGGUCGUGGUGGAGGACGUGGGGAUCCUCCACACGAAGAAGCUGCACGGCAGCGUGAUCUGCGUGACGUCGAGAACGACGAUCUGAGACAGCAGGUUCGAGACCUCCAGCGACGACUAGCGCAACUGGAGACCUCAACCGGGGCAAAUUCGGAUUCAGAUCUUUCCAAUCAUGACGAUGAUGACGGUGAUAAUCCUUUUGCUCGUGCCGGGGAGCGCGAGAACGGGUACUAUGGGGCUGACCCAGCGCGUGAUAUCGGUAUGCGGAUUGAGAUUCCAGAAUUUGAGGGUAAGGCUCUUCCUGAUGACUUCAUUGAUUGGUUAAAUACUGUGGAGCGUGUUUUCGAUAUCAAGAACAUCAGUGAUAGCAAUAAGGUGAAAUUGGUUGCCAUUAAGUUGAAGAAACAUGCUUCUGUCUGGUGGGAGCACGUGAAGAGACAACGAGCGAGGGAAAGAAAGUCCAAAAUUCAAUCUUGGGAAAAGAUGAAAAAGUUGCUUCGAGGGAAAUUUCUUCCUGCGCACUAUCGACAAGACGCAUUUAUUGAAUACCAUGUCUGUAAGCAGGGUGAUGUGUCUGUGGAGGAUUUUACUACUGACUUUGAUCGUCUCAGAAUGCGUUGUGAUGUUGAGGAAGAAGAGGAGCAAACAAUCGCUCGCUAUUUUGGGGCUCUUCGUUCUAAAAUCGCUGAUGUUGUUCAGUUGCAACAGUAUUUCAGUUAUGAGGAUGUUUGCAGGCUUGCUCUUAGGGUUGAAAAGCAGUUGAAAGGAAAGAAAGUCGUGAGUCGUUGGUCAGGAGGCCGGGAAUCCACGAAUUUUCGUGGGAGUAGCAGUGGGACGGGAUCGUCAAAACCAGCAGUACCAGUGGCAGCGAAACAGCAGGUCACGGCAAAACCAGGGCAGCCUGUUGAGUCUGGUCCGAGAGCACGACAACCUGUCAGGUGUUUUAAGUGUCAGGGUUUCGGUCAUAUGCAGGCUGAUUGUCCCAAUAGGCAGAUGGUCACAUUCGUUGGGGAUGAUGAUGCACCUAUAUUUGAUGAUUCUGAGAAUGAUGGCUCUGGCUCCGACAAGAGUACCGAGUUGGUUUAUGCAGAUCGGGGGAGUGCAUUGGUCGUUCGUCGUGUUCUAAAUUUAUCGCCUGCAGAGGAUGACCAGUGGUUAAGACACAACAUAUUCCAUACAAAGUGCACCACAAAAGGGAAGGUUUGCAAUUUGAUAAUUGAUGGGGGUAGCUGCGAAAACGUGGUUUCUGCGACCAUGGUGGAUAAAUUGGGUUUGAAAACAGUGGAUCAUCCCCAACCUUACAAGCUUUCGUGGCUUGUCAAGGGACGUGAGUUAAAGGUUCAUAAGCGUUGCCUCGUUCAGUUUUCCAUUGGGAAGCGAUAUCAAGAUGAAGUGUGGUGUGAUGUCAUUCCUAUGGAUGCAUGUCAUAUGUUGUUGGGUCGACCGUGGCAGUUUGAUCGACGAGUCAAGCAUGAUGGUUUCAAAAAUACAUAUACCUUCAAGAAGGAUGGAGCAACCAUUACUUUGUGUCCCAGUCCAGACGAGAAGUGCGAACCUGCUGCGAGCAAGGAUGAGAGGGCGGUUGGGAGUAGCACCCUGUUGACGCGAUCUACUUUUGUAGCGGCAGCGACCAAAGCCAACAAUUUCUUUGUGCUUGUGGUGGUCGAAGGGAACGUUGAGGACAUACCUAUCCCCGAGGAAGUCCAGUCGCUUCUGGAGUCGUAUCAGGAUGUCUUACCAGCGGCAAUCCCAGCAGGUUUGCCUCCUAUGAGGGAUAUCCAACAUUGCAUUGAUCUAGUGCCUGGUUCUUCUAUUCCGAAUAAGGCGGCGUAUCGUUUGAGGCCUAAAGAACACGAGGAGUUGCAGAGACAGGUGUCGGAGUUACUUGAGAAGGGGGUCAUCCGUGAGAGUAUGAGUCUGUGUGCUGUUCCGGCUCUAAUGGUGCCCAAGGUAGAUGGCUCGAUGAGGAUGUGUAUGGAUAGCCGAGCAAUCAACAAAAUCACUAUCAAGUACAGAUUUCCGAUCCCCAGGUUCGACGAUCUAUUAGAUCAACUCCAUGGGUCAGUAGUGUUUUCGAAGAUUGAUUUGAGGAGUGGGUAUCAUCAGAUUCGUCUAAGGCCAGGCGAUGAGUGGAAGACGACAUUCAAAACGAGAGAUGGGUUGUACGAAUGGAUGGUCAUGCCGUUUGGGUUGUCGAAUGCGCCUAGCACAUUUAUGCGCCUGAUGAACCAGAUUUUUAGGUCGUUUAUUGGUCAGUUUGUUGUCGUUUAUUUCGAUGACAUUCUUGUUUAUAGUAGUUCGGUUGCGCAGCAUUUGGAACACUUGAGAACGAUUUUUGAAGUGCUGCGUGAGCAGAAGUUGUACGCCAACGCAAAGAAGUGCCAUUUUUUGACAGAGGAAGUGACGUUUUUGGGAUAUGUCGUUACUAAGGAGGGCAUACGCAUGGAUGAAAGCAAGAUUGAAGCUAUCACUAGUUGGCCGACGCCGACUAAUAUUCAUGACAUUCGGAGUUUCCAUGGUUUGGCUUCUUUUUAUCGCCGUUUCAUUCGGGAUUUCAGUAGCAUUAUUGCUCCGAUCACCGAAUGCUUGAAAGGUGGGAAGUUCAUGUGGAGCAGUGAGGCUGACGCUGCAUUCCAGUUUUUAAAGUUAAAGGUAACCCAAGCCCCUGUUUUGACUUUACCUAAUUUUGAUGAUGUGUUUGAGGUGCAUUGUGAUGCUUCGAAUGUUGGGAUUGGUGGAGUGUUGAGUCAGAAUCAGAAACCGAUUGCCUUUUUCAGUGAGAAGUUGUGUGACGCCCGUAAGAGGUAUUCUACUUAUGACAAAGAGUUUUAUGCUAUCAUUCGCACUCUUGACCAUUGGCAGCACUACCUCUUGUCCAAGGAGUUUGUGCUAUAUUCUGACCAUGAGGCGCUGAAAUACAUACAAGGGCAGCACAAGUUGAAUUUUCAUCAUGCUAAAUGGGUGGAGUUCAUACAAAUGUUCAACUUUGUGAUCAAGCACAAGGCAGGCGUGCAGAAUCGAGUGGCUGAUGCGUUGAGUCGACGACAUGCCUUGUUGUCCACUAUGCAGACGCGUGUGGUGGGAUUUGACACUUUUAAUGAUCUAUACCGUGAUGACCCUGACUUUCGUGAUAUUUGGGCAAGGUGUGCAAAGGGGAGUUUUCAGCAAUUCCAGAUUCACGAGAAGUUCCUUUUCAAAGGAAACAGGUUAUGCAUCCCACUUUGUUCGUUGAGGGCAGCGAUUGUUGAUGAGGCUCAUGGAGGUGGCCUUGCGGGUCACUUUGGGAAGGAUAAGACUACAUCCCUGCUGACUAUUAAUUUCUACUGGCCACGGUUGGAGCACGAUGUGGCUAAGUUUGUGGCGCGGUGUCGGAUAUGUCAUGUUGCCAAAACCCGUCACAGUAAUGCGGGUUUAUACACUCCACUCCCAGUUCCUACAGCGCCAUGGGGAGAUAUUAGUUUGGAUUUCGUUCUAGGGCAGGGCUGCCCCGCACACAGAGACAGAAGGAUUCAGUCAUGGUGGUGGUGGAUCGAUUCUCUAAAAUGGCUCAUUUUGUUCCCUGCAACAAGACGUUUGAUGCGUGUCAGGUUGCUCAGUUGUACUUUCGAGAGAUCGUCAAACUCCAUGGUAUUCCUAAGUCUCUUACUUCUGAUCGUGAUGUAA